CACGCUUGAAGUUCCACGCCUGCUGCUUCUUCUCCAUCGAGGUCCACUUCGCAGAGAGAGAGAGAUGGAGAAAUCUCAGAUCUGCUUCGGUUUCGGAACCCUAACCCUAACCCUAACAGCAAUCCUAGCGCUCUUCCUUGUUCCUUCGUUGGCUGAUGAUGUCGUCGUGCUUACGGAGUCCAAUUUCGAGUCGGAGGUCAGUCAGGAUCGUGGCGCUCUUGUCGAGUUCUACGCCCCUUGGUGUGGACACUGCAAGAAGCUUGCACCCGAGUAUGAGAAGCUUGGCUCAAGCUUUAAGAAGGCUAAGUCUGUUCUGAUUGGCAAGGUGGACUGUGAUGAGCACAAGGGCUUAUGUAGCAAGUACGGUGUUUCUGGAUACCCCACAAUCCAAUGGUUUCCGAAAGGUUCUUUGGAACCUAAAAAGUAUGAAGGCCCACGAACUGCAGAAGCACUUGCUGAGUUUGUAAAUACCGAAGGAGGGACAAAUGUGAAACUGGCAACUAUACCUUCCAAUGUGGUAAUAUUGAAUGAAGAGAAUUUCAAUCAGGUUGUCUUGGAUGAAACUAAAGAUGUCCUUGUGGAAUUCUAUGCGCCAUGGUGUGGUCAUUGCAAAAGUCUUGCUCCCACAUACGAAAAAGUUGCUAAUGUUUACAAAUUAGAUGAGGGUGUGGUGAUUGCUAACCUUGAUGCUGACAAACACAAGGAUUUGGCUGAAAAGUAUGGAGUUAGUGGCUAUCCAACUUUGAAGUUUUUCCCAAAGAACAAUAAAGCUGGUGAAGACUAUGAUGGUGGCCGAGAUGUAGAUGAUUUUGUCAAAUUUAUCAAUGAGAAAUGUGGAACCAGCCGUGAUGCAAAAGGCCAGCUUACCUCCCAAGCUGGUGUUGUAGAAAGCUUAGAUGCAUUGGUCAAAGAAUUUGUUGCUGCGGCUAAUGAUGAGCGUAAGGCAAUUCUGUCUCGGAUUGAAGAGGAAGUUGAGAAACUUGAGGGUUCAUCUGCCAGGUAUGGAAAAAUAUAUACUAAAGCUGCAAAGAGCUGCAUUGAGAAAGGCACAGAUUACGCCAAGAAUGAAAUUGAACGGCUCAAGCGCAUGCUAGAGAAGUCUAUUAGCCCUUCUAAGGCAGAUGAGUUCAUCAUCAAGAAGAAUAUCCUCUCAACUUUUGUCGCUUGAAUUCAGAUAAAUUUCACUUAUUUAAACUGAGUUAUGAGAACAUGUCGAUAAAGUUCACUUAUUUAAACUGAGUUAUGAGAACACGUCGCGAUUAGAUUCAGAUUCAGUUUUUAUUUUUAAUUUUUUUAUGUAACAAGUGGUUUUGAUCAGGGCCUACAUUUAUGUUCCACUCUGCAUUUGAUAUAAAGUUUUGAGAAUCUAAAUUUUGUUUGGUGA